UCCAGCGUAGAUGCACUCCUAGCUGCCGUUCGGGGAGUCAUACAACCCAAGCCCAGAUAUGUCAGCCUGCCAAUGCUGAGAAAGAGAGAAAACAAAAGUAGGAAGUAGUAAAAUACUACAACCACCAGCGCUUGCAGAAGACGUCGCUUGUUCUGCCUGAGCUGCGUGUUUGCUGUCAUAAUAUUUCCCCUUUAAGGCUCGGCCGAAGUUAUUUAUACUCCAAACAAAACCCAAAAAGAAGGUCUUCGAUGGGGUGGUGAGAGGAACUGAGAGGAGCAGCGGGCAGAGACCUUCUUACCUGAUCAGAAACAGAGAGAGAGAGAGAGAAAGGUGGCGGUGAGUAGAGGCGAGAAGGAGAAGGGAAGAGCAAGGAGGUGGGGAAAGGAGGAGUAGGAAGGAACGAAGAAAGAAAGAGAAGAAGUGGAGGGGAAGAGAAGGAAGUCGACCUGGGAGGAGGAGAGGAGGGGAGGGGAGGCAGAGGGAGGGAAACCGCAAAGAGAGAGGGAAAGGAAGGCRAGAUAAUGAGAAGGAAGCAAACCUGUUGAGGAGGAGGAGGAGGAGGAGGAGGAGGGCAGGGAUGGCGGCAAGAGGCGCUGCUGGCGGGCCUUAAAGGAGGGCUGGGGGAAGAAGUGGGRUGGAGCCCUUGCCGGCCGGCUGGAUCCUGGUCUUGGGACGGUUCUCCUCUCUCCUUCAAGAUGAUGAAGAAACAGUUCAACUGGAUGCGGCAGCAGCUCAGCCACCCGGGCAUCGGCGGACGAGCCCAAGAAACUGCUGAAUACUUGACUGAAGACUUGCUACAGAUUGAACAGCGAAUUGAGCCAGCCAAGCGUGCAGCGCACAAUGUGCACAAGAGACUUGUGGGUUGCCUCCAGGGUCAAUACGGGGCAGACAUGGACAAACGGGUGAAAAAGUUGCCCUUGAUGGCAUUGUCCAUGACCAUGGCUGAAAGCUUCAAAGAACUGGACACUGAAUCUAGCCUUGGGAAGGCCUUAGAAAUGAGCUGCUUUAUCCAGAGCAUGUUAGCGAGGAUACUGGCUGAGUUUGAAAUGGCCAUCGAACAAGAAGUAUUACAACCUUUGAACAAACUGAGUGAGGAGGAGCUGCCCAUAAUUCUGAAACACAAAAAGAAUCUACAGAAGCUCAUUUUGGACUGGAAUACCAUCAAGAGCCGUCUGAACCAAGUUGCCAAGAACUCGAGUAACAGUGCAGGGGCUGGUGCUGGUCCAGCUGCAUCAGGAGCUGCCCUGAAGCUGGAGAAUCUGAAGGAGGAGGAGGAAGAGAUGAAGAGGAGGGUUGAACAGAGUAAGGAUGAGUACAUGGCAGACCUGUAUCAUUUUUCAACCAAGGAAGACAGCUAUGCCAAGUGUUUUAUCAAAUUGCUGGAAAUUCAAGCGGAAUAUCACCGAAAGUCUCUGGGAUCACUAGAUUCUACAUUAGCAGAGCUGAAGGAGACACACAGUCCAGACUCCCCAUUCCCUACAGACCCAGGUGUGGCAAGGGUAUAUGGGAUGCCGCUUGAAACUCACCUGAACUCUUCUGGGAGGGAGAUUGCACUCCCCAUCGAAGCUUGUGUCACGAUGCUGCUGGCAUCAGGCAUGCGGGAAGAGGGCCUCUUCCGGUUGGCAGCUGGUGCAUCUGUACUCAGGAGACUCAAAUAUAGUCUUGACAGUGGGUCAAGCAUUCCAGAGGAAUUUUAUGCAGACCCUCAUGCCGUGGCAGGUGCACUGAAAUGUUACCUGCGAGAACUACCCCAACCCUUGAUGAACUCGGAACUCUAUGAUGAUUGGCUCAAAGCUGCCAGUUUCAAAGAGCCAGAAUCUCGACUGGAAUAUCUCAAGGAGGUUUGUGGCCGUCUUCCCAAGCACAACUACAACAACAUGAGAUACUUGAUCCGUUUUUUGGCCAAACUGGCUGAACAACAGGAAGUAAAUAAAAUGACUCCUAGCAACAUUGCCAUCGUCCUAGGGCCUAAUCUGUUGUGGCCCCAACAGACUGAAGGGUCCCCAGUGCAGCUAGACAUGGCAUCUGUAUCCUCCAUUCAAGUUGUAGCCAUUGUGGAACCCUUAAUCCAAAAUGCUGAGAUACUCUUUCCAGGAGAUAUUGACUUCCAUGUCUCUGGCCUGUUUACGCCACCAUUAGACAUCAAACAGAGUGUGAUCCCCACAACAGACGAGCCCACAUUUUCAGUCCUCCCUGCUGAACCUGCUUCACCAUCACCCAGGGAAAGGAAAAACCCUGUUAUGAGCCCAGGCCCAGCCCAAAAGGUGACCCAGAUUUUCACUGAAACAGCCAUUCCUUUGUCUACCCCGGUUCCUGCUGAUGAACCUUCACGGAAAACAAAGCGUGUGGCUCCGGCAAGACCCACAGUGCCUCCCCCACCGCUAGUCCAGCCUCGAACUCCUCCUCCAGUGGUCCUUCAAAAUCAGCCUCCUGCCCCAGAGUCUCCCUCCAUCCCCAAAGCCCUGCCUCGGAGAACAACAGGAGGAUCUGUGCGCGUUCCCUCGGUGCCACCACCACUUCCACCUCAGCCAGCCAAGCGUCAGAGCCGCACCUUAGUGUCAUCUGCAAAGCUUCCUCCUGAACUUACAAGCAGCGAGGCAGCUGAAGGCAAAGAGCCCCCUCCAGAUGUAGAAACAUCCAAAGAUUGCACCUCAGUAGCAACAGAGCCUGAUCAGCCAUGCAAUGUGGAAAGGAGCAGCUCUCCACCUACCUCUGAUAUGAAAUCUGAGACUCUGGAAAAUGAAGCCUGUGUGCCAGCAGCCAUGGCGGGCUGCCGGCGGCUGAGCGGCGCGGGCCUGCGGGAGGUGCUGGGCGAGGCGCAAGGGGUGCUCUUCGACUGCGACGGCGUGCUGUGGGCCGGGGAGCGGGCGGUCCCUGGCGCGCCGGAACUCCUGGAGCGCCUCAGCCGGAGCGGCAAGGCCGCGCUCUUCGUCUCCAACAACAGCCGCCGCUCCGUGGCCGAGCUUGAGCGCCGCUUCUCCCGCCUGGGCUUCCGCGGCGUGCGAGGCGAGCAGGUCUUCAGCUCCGCGCUCUGCUCCGCGCUCUACCUCCGGCAGCGGCUCCUGGGCCAAGGCGGGGCGGGGGAUUCCGCCUCUUCCUCGUCCUCCUCGCCUCCGCUGCCAGGGCCCGGCACCGUCUACGCCUUGGGCGGGGAAGGGCUCCGCGGGGAGCUCCGCGACGCCGGCCUCCGCCUCGCCGGCCAAGAAGCGGAGGAAGGCGGGGAGGCGCUGCCCGUGCGGGCCGUGCUGGUGGGCUACGACGACCAGUUCACCUUCGCCAAGCUCUCCCAGGCCUGCGCCUACCUGCGCGACCCGCAGUGCCUCCUCGUGGCCACCGACCCGGACCCCUGGCACCCGCUCAGCAGUGGGGAGCGCACCCCCGGGACAGGAAGCCUCACUGCUGCUGUUGAAACAGCAUCCGGGCGCAAGGCAACAGUGAUUGGAAAGCCAAACACAUACAUGUUUGAAUGCAUUGUGGAGCGCUUUGGUGUGGAUCCAUCUCGCAUGCUCAUGGUUGGUGACCGACUGGAGACAGACAUCCUGUUUGGCAAGAACUGUGGCCUUGAUACGGUCUUGACCCUGACAGGUGUCUCGCACCUAGAGGAGGCACAGGCUUACAUGGCCAGCGACAGCCCUGCGGCAAAGGACCUGGUGCCUCACUACUAUGUGGACAGUAUUGCAGAUUUGAUACCAGGCCUCGAUGAGUAACAGGGAGGUUUAGGUGGGCAGAGAUCUUAGUCCUUUCCAAACUGCCACCCAGCCCUGCUUCUGUCACCUUCUUUCCUUGUUUCUGGGGUUCAUCACAUUCUAGUGUUUGGUCAAGAAUGAAGAAGGGGUAUUAAUUCCCUAUUCAUUCUUCAGAAUUGUUUUUUU